AUGGACCAGAUCCUGGGCACGAACUUCAACUACGAGGCGGCGAAGGAGGUGGCGCGCGGCCUGGAGGGCUUCUCCGCCAAACUCGCCGUCGCCUACAUCGCCACAAUCUUCGGCCUCAAGUACUACAUGAAGGAUCGGAAGGCGUUCGACCUGAGCACGCCGCUCAACGUCUGGAACGGAAUCCUCUCCACGUUCAGUCUCCUCGGCUUCCUCUUCACUUUCCCCACCCUCGUGUCCGUCAUCAGAACGCACGGAUUGAGCCGUGAGUUUCGAAAAGUGAACUAAUCCACAUGAACCCAUUGCAGACACCUACUCGCACGUCUCCGAUCUCUACACCGACUCGACCUCCGGCUACUGGAUCUUCCUUUGGGUGCUCUCCAAGAUUCCCGAACUUCUCGACACUGUCUUCAUCGUUCUUCGCAAGCGCCCGCUCAUUUUCAUGCACUGGUUAGUUGAGUUUUGUGAGAACGUUUCGAAUUUCCCGCCAAACUUGGUGACUCGUGAGCCCAAAAUUGACGAGUUUUUCUAUAAAAAAAUGUUAAAGAAUGACGCAAAUUUGUUUUUCUUUGCAGGUACCACCACGCGCUGACCGGAUACUACGCCCUUGUCUGUUACCACGAGGACGCCGUGCACAUGGUCUGGGUCGUGUGGAUGAACUACAUAAUCCACGCGUUCAUGUACGGAUACUACCUGCUCAAAUCGCUGAAAGUGCCGAUCCCGCCGUCCGUCGCCCAGGCGAUCACCACUUCUCAAAUGGUGCAGUUCGCCGUCGCGAUCGCCGCCCAAUUGCACGUCACGUACCAACAUUACGUGCAGGGCGUCGAGGGACUGGCCUAUUCUCUUCGGGGCACCGCCAUCGGAUUCUUUAUGCUCACCACCUACUUCUACCUUUGGGUUCAGUUCUACAAGGAGCACUAUUUGAGGAACGGAGGCAGAAAGUACAAUUUGGCAAAGACGCAGGAGGAGAAGGGAAAGGCCAAGACGAACUAA